AUGGACUUGGAUCUACAGACUUUACUUGCAUCUGACACGAUGCAAAGCAUUAGGACGUCUAUACUGUACACAAGCAACCCGGUGGAAACUUAUGAGGAGCUGAUCCACCAACUGAAACAGUCUGUUACUGGAAAGGCAGAACCGACACAACAAUGGCACUAUCCAACUUCAAAGCCAUGGUUUGACAAGGAAUGUGUACUAGCUAAAAAAGUCUUCACUCUGGAAAAAGAGAAACUGCUUCCUGAAGCUACCACCACUCCUGCUGCCGUUGCUGAUGGCAGAUUUGGAAAACCUAUAGCAACUCUGCCAGAUAGGAAGGACUAUUUUUAUCCAAAUUAUUUGGGGUGUAUUCGGAAGUAUGGGUCACCAUAUGUAAGAAAUCCAGAUUUCCAUACAUGUGUGCAUAACCUGCCGAAUCAGUGUUCGCCCAGUCCAUGUCAUAAAGAAGGUACUACAGAAUGUGAAGACUUGAAAGGUGGAUAUCUUUGUCAUUGCAAACCAGGUUGGCAUGGAGAAAGAUGUGAUAAAGAUAUUAAUGAAUGUGCUGAUCAGAAUGGUGGCUGCAGACAGAUUUGUUACAACAAGCUGGGCACCUAUCGCUGUGCUUGUUACAGUGGAUACAGACUUGCAGAAGACAAUAAAACUUGUGAGGAUAUAGAUGAAUGCACAGUAUCAUCUGACAUCUGUGGAGAAGCUCGGUGUAAAAAUUUGAUAAGCUCUUAUAUGUGUGUUUGUGAUGCUGGCUACCGUUAUGAUGACUUCAGAAAGGUUUGCCAAGAUGUGGAUGAAUGUGAACAGAACUUCUGUGAGCAGACAUGUGUCAAUUCAGCAGGAAGCUACAGCUGCCAUUGCAAUGGAAGAGGUGGAGUUAAACUUGCAAGUGACAUGAACACCUGUGAGGAUAUUUUGCCUUGUGUAUCGUUUGCUGAUGCAAAGAGUGUCAAGUCUCUCUAUCUUGGAAGAAUGUUUAGUGGCACACCUGUUAUCAGACUGCGUUUUAAGAGGAAACAGCCUACCCGACUUGUUGCUGAAUUCGACUUUAGAACCUUUGAUCCUGAAGGUAUCCUUUUCUUUGCUGGAGGCCAUCAAGAUAGCAUUUGGAUAGUCUUGGCAUUGCGCAGUGGACGGUUAGAACUGCAACUCAAGUAUAAUGGAAUAGGCCGUGUGACCAGCAGUGGACCAAUAAUCAACCAUGGAAUGUGGCAGACAAUAUCCGUUGAAGAACUGGACAGAAGCUUGGUGAUAAAAGUCAAUAAAGAUGCUGUUAUGAAGAUAGCUGUUUCAGGAGAUCUGUUUACUUUCGAAAGAGGACUUUAUCAACUAAAUCUAACAGUGGGAGGUGUUCCUUUUAAAAUCAAAGAUCUUGUCCAGCCAAUUAACCCACGGCUAGAUGGCUGUAUGAGAGGCUGGAAUUGGCUGAAUGGUGAGGAUAUGACUAUCCAAGAGACUGUGAGAUUGAAUGAUAAGAUGCAGUGCUUCGCAGUUGCUGGAAGAGGAUCUUUCUACCCUGGCAACGGUUUUGCUGUUUUUAAUCUCAGUUAUGCCCAGCCACUUGACAGCAAUGAAACCAGGAAGCAGUGGGAAGUCAAAGUCAAUAUUCUGAUCCGGCCAGCCACGGAUACUGGGGUUCUCUUUGCCCUCGUAAGCAGUGAAGCAACUGUUCCUUUGUCGGUAGCUCUGAUCGACUAUCAUUCCACAAAAAAACUUAAACAACAGUUUAUCGUCUUGGCAGUGAGGAAUACCGUAGUGUGCCGACUAGCAGUAACCAUUUGCGAUGAACAAGAACAUGUGGUUGACAUCUCUAUCAGCAAGAAUCAGAUAUUACUGACCAUGAAUGGGGUUGCGGGACAGAAUGAACUAAGUCAUUCACAGCUAGAAGACAACCUGUCAGUUUUGGAUGAUUUUCUGCAAUCGUCCGUAAAGACCUAUGUAGGAGGACUGCCAGAUGUUCCUGUCACUUCAACUCCAGUUACCGCUUUCUACCGCGGCUGUAUGACGGUGAAAGUUGACAAGCAAGCUCUGGAUCUGGAUGAAGCUCUCUACAAGUCCAGUGAUAUCACAUCUCAUUCUUGUCCUCCAGUACAGACUGGUCAAUAGAUGCCACUGCAACACACACAAACGUUUUAUAUAUUCAAAA